AUGAAGGUUAGGAAGUAUCAGUUUAUACCAGCUGGCCUAGACGGUAUACUAUUGGAGAUUCUAUCACAUUUGAAGCUGGCUGGCUUUGCUGGAGUGGCACAGCUUGCCAACUUUCCAUUGGAUAGGUACUUGAUUACCGCAUUAGUUGAAAGAUGGAAGCCUGAGACACACACCUUUCAUAUGCCACUAGGAGAAUGCACCAUAAUGCUUCAAGAUAUAGCUAUACAAAUAGGUCUUCGGGUUGAUGAGCUUCUAAUAUUUGCAGCUACUGGAGCUAUGCAUAAUCAGAACGAGCUUCAACUAACGAGAUUUGCUAGAGCGUAUAUUAUGAGAUUGAUUGGAGGAUUUAUGUUAGUAGAUUACUCUAGCAGUAGAGUCACAGUCCGAUAUUUGCCUUUACUUGAGGACUUUGCUAUCACAAGACAAUAUAGUUAG